AUGAAUUACCAGCAACAACCACAAUAUCAGGAUCCUAAUGCCCAAUAUGGCUAUCCACCACCUCAACAGUAUCCUCAGCAAGGCUACAACCAAGGUUAUGCUGGACAACAACAACAAAUGUACGCUCAGCAGCAACCACCUCAAACAGUCAUCGUUGAGAAGGAAAAGAAGGACCGUGGAUGUCUGACCACUUGGUAUGACUUUAGUCGUCUAUGA